AUUCUCGUACUAUCGCCAACCUCACCCAACACCCAAAAAAAAUCCCCUCAUCCAUCACAAUGGCCAAGACCAAGAAGUCCGGUGACACCCUCGCCUCCCGCCUGGCUCUCGUCAUGAAGUCCGGCAAGGUUACCAUGGGUUCCAAGUCCACCAUGAAGACCCUCCGCUCUGGCAAGGCCAAGCUGGUCCUCAUUGCCGGUAACUGCCCUCCUCUGCGCAAGUCCGAGCUCGAGUACUACGCCAUGCUCGCCAAGGUCCCCGUCCACCACUUCAACGGCAACAACAUUGAGCUCGGCACUGCCUGCGGUAAGCUCUUCCGCUGCUCUACCAUGGCUGUCCUCGAUGCCGGUGACUCCGACAUCCUCAGCCGUGAGGCCUAAAUGCAACACUUUUCCGUUGCACACUGAAAAGUCACGACUUAUGACGUCGGGCCGACUGGCCCUGUUCUUCAAGCCCGCAUCGGACUCGGUGUUCUAAAGGGUGAAAAAUAAGGAUGAGGGUUUAAUGGCGACCCCCAGGAAUAGUCUUGAAUCAAAACAAAAAUUUUCUCCAAAAAAAGCAACUGCUUCCAUCUCGAUAUUGGCCUGUCUUGUAUUGUUCCACCUAUGUAAUCACUGCAAGCCGUGCAGAUCUCUCUUGGCCCGCGUCCUUGUAUCUUUCCGCCGCUUAAACGUUCCGGAUAUUCUUCGGAAUGCCUAGACGGGCCAACUCCAAAC